AUGUUUGGCGUGCAAGGCUCUGUCUGGACAGGAGGUUAUGAUGUCGGAUGGACGGCUGAUGCAAAUACCAUCUUGAGCAACCUUCUGAACGCGGUCCCAGAGUCCGCGGCUCCAUCCUGGCUUUACGAGUUCCUGCUCGACGUCCAAGGCGAGCAUGCAGCCUCUGCACAAGCCCGGCUGGCUUUGAGCCUGUGCCAUUCAUAUGCUAUUUUUCAGUCUGUCCUGGAUAGGUUCAACCAUCUGGUCUCGUGGAAGUUCUGUACAGACUUCUUUAGCAUUCUGGUGCUACGGGACAAUGACACAGCUGAGGUUGUCGAGAUACCAAGAACUAUUCUCGUCAAAAUCACCGAGACCCUCCUCGCCUCGAUCUCUGUGGCUCGUGAGGAGACUGAAGAGAACAUAUCGCGCCUCAUCUUGCCGGUCCUGCAAGAGCUGUGCGACAUGAUGGGCUGGAGAGUUCGUGCCAUGCCCUCCAACAUUCCAGAGGCGUGCAGGGUUCUGACGUACUUCCUAGACCUGGGUCUGGUGUGCUAUGCCGGAUCGCAUGGUUCUCGCUUCGACAUUGAGUAUUUCGGCCGAACGAUCGAGCGUAUCAGCGCCAAUGUAGCCGGUGUGCUCGGUUUCGAAUGUACCUUGCGCAGCCUUGCUUGCCUGAACGGGUUCCUCGAUACCAGAAGUGUCUGGACCUUCACCAUUUUCAACGGCGCCGGCCCGCCCAGACCUCGUGAAGCCCGGUUUCUGAAGCCCCUGUCGAUACUGACGACAAUCCGUGCGCUCGCCGAUAUUUGGGGCCCGGUGUCUGCAGAGCUAACAGACCAUCAGCAAUCAGGCAUCCGGAACCCUCGCGUCAAGAAAUAUGUCGUGUCAAAGGGAUGCAUCCGCCGAGUUCCCGACAGAGCUGGGUCUUCCGGUUCCCGGGUAGUAAAGUGCCACUGGUAUAGCUGGCAGGAGGAGCAGCGUCGCCGCUUGUCACGAUUCUUUUCAGGGUCGCGCGAGAAUCUGACCAUGGCCUUGGAUGACAAACUUCUCAUUGGAACAAACAUGUCUGUCAACCACGGAUGCACGUUCAGUCUUCAAGAGUAUGAGAUGAACUACAACGACAAGAUCAGAGAGGCAGGACCGAGGCCCUCCAGAUGGAAAUUCGACGGCCUUGCGAUGUCGUUGCAAGUGGCGGCUCAGGGGUUCGUGGUUCUCCAAAUCGAAGGCCAGACGAAGCGGCUCCCUGAGACGACUGUCAAGGAGAGUGCGUGGCAGAAAUGGAGUUCGAAUCCGGAACGUGCAAAUCCAGGGAUCCUCAACAGUUACUAUGGCGUUGAGAUCAGCAACUGCACUGGCAAUGCACGAAGAGUGCCACUCAAAGAGCUGCUAUUGAAAGAGCCGGUCAUGGAGCUUCUCGAGCGCCAAGUACCGGGUUGGGCAAGUACGAAAUGGGGACUGGAUUUCAAAAAGGCCCUGGAGAUCGAGUCCAACGAUGCAGUCUUUGAGUUUUGGAACAAGCACUAUCUCGAGCGCCCACUUGUUGGGCGACUGGUCUCGUCAGUUCUUGACGUCUUAGACCACACUGGCCUGACGGACGCGGGCUUCCAGGCCGCAUUCUUGCACGAGAACUGCGAAAGUGUCAUCGAGCUCGAGACAAAGGCCAACGACUGGGCAGAGUUGCUCAAGGACUCAUACUUGACAGCAACCUACGCCAUAAUCAACGCCGUGUGCUUGGAGUACAGGCGCCCGGACCACACCACGUCGAUCUGCACUGAUGAGCAGAGAUAUUCGGUGUUGCAAACCGAGUUGGUCGUGGAGAAGGCAGGCGACCUAGACUCCUAUAACCACGUCAAGGUCAAACCUCAUGGGUCGCAGUUCAAAAAGGUAGAUCUCGGGGCGGAAGGCCGAUUACCGCCACACUUUAUGGAACCCGUGUCGAAUCUGCAAAUGGUGCGACGCUUGACGGGGCGAUAUGCCAAAGCGAAAGAGCUGGUCUACCAACGUCCACACGAUUCGACGGGACAGAACAAGGUCAUCCUCAGGGCAUCGCGGCCGAGCUUUGGCGGAAUGACCUGUCCACGCAAUCGUAAGCUGCUGACUGCUGCAGCUGAUCACAGCACAAACACGCUCAGCGUGCUUGAGAAUUCACUGGCUACGCAAGAGGCACUGUCGCAGCUGGAGAUUGAGGCUAUCCUGCGAGAAGACUUGGAGAAUCUGGAUAGGGAGGAGGAUCGGCAGGCGAUCUGCUAG